AUGUCAAUCGAAGAAGGAGGUUUCGACUCAACAAGAACAGCACAAGCCUUUGGUCUUGUUGUUGUCGCUGCUGCAACCACAGGCAUUGGCGCGUCUGCUGUGUUUUUCCCUGGCUUGGCCAAGCUGGCAACCAAAAAAGUCCUGGCUUGUUCCUUGGGAUUUGCUACUGGUGUGAUGCUGUUUGUGAGUCUCAUUGACAUCUAUGGCAAGUCCAUCACUGGGUUUGUAGAACACGGGCACACUGAAGACAAGGCCUUCAUAUACACCACCCUGACCUUUUUUGGAGGGAUUAUACUGAUGAAAAUUCUGGACAUGGGCAUCCAUUUUCUUCUCCACAGCGAGGGUCGCUAUGCUGAUCCAGUGGAACAAGGUAUGGAUGAAAUGGUAGCUCGCAAUGAAAUGCUGGAAGGGUUGCCCGAGGUAUUCGAGGAGGAAGGCAAUGCCAAACCAAUCCGCUAUCCUGCUCGAGUGAAAGUGAACGUGGCUUGGAGAGGCCAAAGCGCUGCCAACCUCGGAUGUAUGUCCCGCCCGAGUUUCAAGCUGCCCUUCAGUGGAUCAGCAGGCAAAAAGAUCGCCCCAAAUAGAGGUAUGCAGGCACCAUUUGCAAGGCCGCACUGA